UUCCGGCUGCCGGGUUGACAUGAAGAAGCAGCGGCUAGGGCGGCGGUAGCGGCGGGAGUCGAGGCUUGCAGCGGGACUCCCGGCUGAGUGCGCGACGCGGCCUAGAGCGGCAGACGGCGCAGUGGGCAGAGGAGGAGGCGCAGCAGCCGCCCUGGCCCGUCAUGGAGAUGGAAAAGGAGUUCGAGCAGAUCGACAAGGCCGGGAGUUGGGCGGCCAUUUACCAGGAUAUCCGACACAAAGCCAGCGACUUCCCGUGUAGAGUGGCCAAGCUUCCCAAGAACAAAAACCGAAACAGGUACAGAGAUGUCAGUCCCUUUGACCAUAGUCGGAUUAAACUACAUCAAGAGGAUAACGACUAUAUCAAUGCUAGUUUGAUAAAAAUGGAAGAAGCGCAAAGAAGUUACAUUCUUACUCAGGGCCCUUUGCCUAAUACGUGCGGUCACUUUUGGGAGAUGGUCUGGGAGCAGAAAAGCCGGGGCGUGGUCAUGCUCAACAGAGUGAUGGAGAAAGGAUCGUUAAAAUGUGCGCAGUAUUGGCCACAAAAAGAAGAAAAGGAAAUGAUUUUCGAAGACACAAAUUUGAAAUUAACAUUGAUCUCUGAAGAUAUUAAGUCAUAUUAUACAGUACGACAACUAGAGUUGGAAAACCUUAUGACUAAAGAAACUCGAGAGAUCCUGCAUUUCCAUUAUACUACAUGGCCCGACUUCGGAGUUCCCGAAUCGCCAGCCUCAUUCCUGAACUUUCUUUUCAAAGUCCGCGAGUCGGGCUCACUCAGCACGGAGCACGGCCCCGUCGUGGUGCACUGCAGCGCCGGCAUUGGCAGGUCGGGGACCUUCUGUCUCGCCGACACCUGUCUCUUGCUGAUGGACAAAAGGAAAGACCCUUCUUCUGUUGAUAUCAAGAAAGUUCUGUUAGAAAUGAGGAAAUUUCGGAUGGGACUGAUCCAGACAGCAGACCAGCUCCGUUUCUCCUACCUGGCUGUGAUCGAAGGUGCCAAAUACAUCAUGGGAGACUCCUCAGUUCAGGAGCAGUGGAAGGAGCUCUCCCACGAGGACUUGGAGCCCCUGCCUGAGCACGUCCCCCCGCCUCCCCGGCCACCCAAACGCAUCCUGGAGCCACACAAUGGGAAGUGCAAGGAGUUCUUCCCCAACCACCAGUGGGUAAAGGAUGAGUCCGAGGAGGAUAAAGAAGACGGCCCGAUCAAGGAAGAAAGCAGAACCCCCUUAGGAGCCCCCUGCAGCCUAGAAAGCACGAGUCAAGACACUGAAGUCAGAAGGCGGGUCGCUGGGGCAGGUCCUACCCAAGGGGAGCCGUCGCCAUCUACGGAGGAGCAGGACCAGGCGCUGACUCACUGGAAGCCCUUCCUGGUCAACAUGUGCAUGGCCACGGUCCUCACGGCCGGCGCGUACCUCUGCUACAGGGUCUCUGCUUACUGAAGUGCCCUCGUGUGUACGUCCGGCCUACCCUUGCAUGGUCAGAUCAUUAUGGGCUGUGGCUCCUGAGACUGAUGCUGAACUACUUGCUGUUCAGCACUGGAGGGAUGUUUUCCAGUCACAGACACUUGCCUAAUUCCUGGCAUGACACUCUGGUGACUUCCUGGUGAGGCCUGGCCUGUCCUGGUCCAGCUGGGUCCCACUGUAACUCAGACAUUCCAAGGGGAUGGGAAGCCAUAGUCACACCUCACGCUCUGGACAUUUAGACAAGCAGGGUCCGCUGCUCACGCACCUUUGGGAUCAGCCUCCACUAUCCCAAGUUCACACUCUUCUUGAGAAGACUGUCAUUUGGAACCAAGGCAACUGUUGGAAACCACACUUCUUGAAGCAACGUGGAUGAUGAUGGUCCCUGGAGUCAGCCAGCUGCUGUCUCAGUCGGGAGGGCCUUGCUGAGCGAGGCGUCUGCCCCUGCCCUUGAACCCCGGGGACCGACGGUGCUCACGACUCUUCCUGCAAGGGGGACUUAAGACCUCCACAUUAAGUGGCUUUUUUAACAAGAAAAAAGGCAGCUGUAGCUCCCGAGCUGCCCUUUUGCCAGCAUUUUCACAUUUUGCCUUUCACGUGUGAGAAGCCCGUGUAGCGAGAUUCUGGGGUGGGAUGCUAGAGGCAGAGCCCCACAGAGCCCGGGUGAGGUGUGGGUAAGGCCGAGGUGCCAGGCUGUAAGCAUUUUUGAGUUGGGCUUGUUUGUUUGUUUUUGAAGUCCUGUAUAUGUAUGUAGUAGUUUGGGUGUGUAUAUAUAGUAGCAUUUCAAAAUGGAUAUACUGGUUUAAUCUCCUAUCCUUGGGAAGCAGAUGGCUCGCCAUCUUGUUACACGUAUGUUAGAGAAGUAGCAAGCUGCUCUGCUAUAUGCCUUAAGCCAAUAUUUACUCAGCAGGUCAUUAUUUUUUACAAUGGCCAUGGAAUAAACCAUUUUUACAAAAAUAAAAACAAACAAAAAAAGCGAGGUGUUUUGGUAUAAUACCUUUUCAGGUGUGUGUAUACGUGGAUGCAUGACGGGGUGGGGAGGGGGGCGCGUCUCAGGGUCUUCUGUGACCUCACAGAACUGUCAAACUGUACAGUUUUCCAACUUGCCAUAUAAAUGAUG